CUUCGAUUUUCGAUGCAGUUCCUUUCCAUACAUGCAGGGCUAUGAUACUGCAAGUUUUAGAACCUAAUCUACGCGAAAUCGGAGUCUUUCACCACCUAACUAAUCUUUUCUAUAGGAGUAUAAAGUAAACGAUCUGAAGAAGUUCUUCAUGAAACUGAUAGAUGCUUUUUCAAAUGAGAGGACAAAUGACUCCCUGAAUAUUUUUGUUGACCUGAUGAGAUGUUAUUCGGAGCAUUUGCAAGCUAAAGCUGCCGGGCACCCUCUCACCCUUGAAGAUGGAGGGAAUAUCAAGAACAGAAUUCUACAGAAAAUGAGCGAGUUAUUCUGAAAACAUGGCCUAAACGAAGAGUUUAAUACAUUCUUGCCAAUACAAGGAAAGGGAAUUUCGUUGCUGACCGAAGUCCAGAUGAAGGAUGCUAAUUUACACGCGAAAAUCAUCAAGAUCCUUCAUAGCGGGAAAGAUGAAGUUCCUAUUUCAAAACACGAAGGGAAGAUCAAUCAGCUAUUGGAAAAACACCCGGAGUGGAACAGGAGAUUCCAGAUUUUCCUGAGCAAUAACCAGAGCUACCAAGAAGAAGAGUCCGAGGAGGAAAAGACCCCUCUUCCAUCUAAAUCAGCUCAUACCACCAGAGGAGGAGUAAAGAGUCAGAAGUCUCAAAGAGAGACUAAGAGACCCCGAGAGGAGUCAGCCGAAGUAGAGAGAAGAGUGCAUAAAUAAGUACGAGGUUUCUAGAAAUGGAGCCUCUAACGACCAGGACCAGUAUGAUCCCUCUGAGAAUAAUGCAUCUGAUGAGAAUAGUAUGACCGAGGCUAAGAAAAUACUGGAAAAUUCAGGAGGCAAGAUUCUUUCCAAGACCGAAGCUCAAUUCUUUGACGAGCUUAAGAAGAUAUUAGCUGAUGAUGAUCUCUAUUUUGAUUUUCCUGACCAGAAAGAGAGUCUCUAUACAAUUGUAAUCAAGAUGUUCUCACUGUAUGUCGAAGGAAUCUGAGGAGCGGAUGAACUCUUCGAAAUUCUUGAAGAGCCAUUCAGACAUAUUGACGAAUUUGAGCAAUUUAAAACCUUUUGUUUAAGCAGAGAAGCAAACAGAAGAAAAGAAGAUAUUUGGUAUUUCAAAAAUUUAGACGCAGAUAAUUUAAAAGAGUGCGAGAGGCUUGAUUGAAGUUAUUCAACAAUCCCACCUUCUUUCCCAAUGUCGACGUACACAGGGCAGAAGGGUACUUUUAUCCCAGAAGUUAUCAACCAUCGUGUCGUCUCUGUUCCUGUUGGAUCAGAAGGAAAUUUCACUUUCAAAGCUAAAAACAAGCACGAAGACGCUUUGUUCAAAAUUGAAGAUGAGAGGUAUGAAUUAGAUCAAUGAAUCAACCUAUGCCAAGACUCGAUCAAAACUCUUGAAAAGGCAGCACAGGAUAUUUCUGACCAAGGUUCGAGCUACGUCUUCGAUGAGGCCUUGUUGAGCCCUCCUAAAUUAGGAUGGAUUUACCAAUGCGUUGCAAAGAAUUCAAAAUACAUAGAUCUUAUAAAGACUUAUCCUUACAGAGUAAUUCCAGUAGUAUUAAACACAAUGAAAUAACUUCUUAGUUGAUUUCCUUCGUAAGAAGGAAGAAAUGAAGAACUCUUGGAAGCAAGAAUGAAUCAAACACUGGGCUAAAAGCCUCGACCACAAAUGCUUCUAUUUCAGACAAAAUGAGAAGAAGACCCAGUUGGUUAAAGAAUUUAUGAGCCAGAUGAAGGAACGUAUGGAAGCAAGGCAGGGUUUUAUGAGUCUUGAAAGCCAAAAACAAGCACUAGAAUUUUACUCUGGGCUUACUUCUGAGAUGGAAGUGGAGUUUCAUUUAGAUCCAAACAUAAACCCUCAGCAUCCAAUGCUACUUGAUGAUGAAGUGUAUCACGAAAGGUUUGAGGUCCUGCCGCAUUUCAGAUUUUUGAUCAAUGACAUUGAUAAUUUAAGACUACUGAUCAAAUAUUUAUACGUUUAUAUCGAUAACCAGAACGGGCAAAGCCAGAGACAGAAAGAUUUCUUGAUCUCCUUCACCAAAUACUUCUUCAAUAUAGGGUUGAUAAAGAAGCACCUGGAUUCCCUAGACAUGAUCGAGCUUCCAGAGGAGGCUCCAGAGCUAAUCAAGAACACCCAGGAAUUUUAUAAGAAGUAUGAAUCUGGUGAACUUAAUGAUGACAAGAUAUUUGAUGUAUUCUUUUCUCAGUCCCAAGAAGAUGUGGUAGUCAAUAUUGGUACCAAUAGGAAAGAUUUCUUCAGGGAAACCAUCCCAAUGAGACCAACCUCAAAAGAUGAUGUUCUAGAAUCAGACUCAGGGGACUCUGACGAAGAGGAAAAAGAUUCUAGCGUCCUUUCUAACAAAUUCGAGAGCUACAUCAAAUAUGAUGUAGACCAAGAAUUUUCUAAAAGAGUGAAGACAGCGAGGUUCCUUCCUUUGUUCACUGAUGAUCAGACUCUUUUGUAUGGAACUAAGCACUUUUAUUUCCUAAUUAGAUAUUUCAUGACUCUUUAUGAAAGACUCCAACUAGUGAAGAAGGCAGUAGCUGCCAAGCUCAAGAAAGAUAUUUCAGAGAUUAAAGAAGAGAACCAGAGAGAUGUGACAAAGAUCGAAGCUGAUUUUGACAAAUUAGUUGAGCUUAGAUUAAGAUAUGCUAUUGGCAUCCUUUUCGAAAUGUCAAAGAAUGCUAAAGAGAUAGCACUAUACGAAGACUGUCUUAGGCAACUGCUUGGAAUGCAAGCAUAUGUGCUAUUCACAUUUGAUAAAGCAGUCUCAAACUUUUUCAGGGCAAUUAGUUCUUUGAAAAAUGAUAACUUGGCCUAUGAAAGUUGGAAACUCGUGAAGAAAUAUGAAGACUCUCCUGUCAAAUACAAGGAGGAAAUAUAUUACAACGAUUUUAUAAGAAUCAUACCAGUCGGAGUUGAAAACGAGAUAUUUUUCAGAUUUGUAUAUUGUUCUGAGACAGGGAUUAUCUCCUGACACGGAUUCAGUAUCGAGCCUUAUACUAGCAAUGUAGCACUCGCACAGAAGAUGAAGGAUUAUAAAGUAGAAUAUACUAGAAGAAAUGAGCCUAUCAACGUGGCAACUCAAGAUGAAUCAACCUUAUGCUUCAAGUGUAACGAAAAUACUAGCAAGAAUGGCUCUAUUAAGAUUCCAUAUAAUCCAGUUUACUUGAGAAGAAACUUGAAGAAAGUUUUAGCAGCAGGAAAUUCAAGUUUGGAUACUAAGGCAGAUAACGAGAAUGUGAAGAUGGAAAACACCCUUCAUAGCAAUUUCUCGCAUAAGAAUCUUAGAAUCAACUUCAGAAAAGAGAAAGAAGAUAGAAUAGUCAGGAAGCGCCAAAAGAUUUCAGAAGAAGCAGAAUUAGAGACGGAUAUUAUAAAUGCAGUGAAGACACAGAGCUUCAUUGCUUCAAAAUUCCUAUAACUGAGCUCUAUAGAAGGGCUGCAAGAUAUUAUUGCACCAUCGAUGAAGUAUUUACCUAAUGUUUAAAGCCAGUCUUUGCGUCAUUUU